AUGGCAAGGCUUCGAGACAUGCGAUUAUUGUGGAUAAUAUUCCUACUUUUGGUGGAACUGAGGCGAUCGCACGCUCAGCUACUCUAUGAGAGAGACUCUGGUGUUGGCAGCUUCCAGAAUACGUCAGCGACCUCUGCUGACACCACGAGUAAUGCCGACUGGGCUUCAGAGCUACCAAUUGAGGCGAUCGGGCUCGAUAGCUCUACGACAGCACCAAGCUCGGGAUCGACUAGUUUACAAACCUCCGACUCCUCUGCGAGUACCUCCGUUGCCAUGCUUUCUACUACGGAGCUCUCAUCGAGUGAGGUAGAUAGCUCAAAGUCAAGCCUGGAUUAUUCGAGUUCUCCAGAGUCUACCUUGUCUAUCUCUCUAACUGCCAGUACGACUUCAUCAGAGGUAGCAAUCAGCAGCCAAAAUACAGAUGGGCUUACAAGUUCACCUAUCGAUACCUCAAGCAAUCCGACCGAGGCUACAUCGAGCACUUCAGCACCCUCUACAACGUCACCACCUUAUGCGAAUUUAGUGUCAUCUAGCUUACAAACAACCACGUCCAGUUCUGAGUCGACCAAUACGGUUUCUACCACGGCGAGCUCAUCUUCGGCCAACGAGGCACAAUCUAGUUCGGACGAUCGUUCGUCCACAUCUGCAUUUUCAGAAGAUACUUCGGAUUUGGUUUCUUCUUUUGAGACCUCUUCAGCUACAUCAUCGGCCUUAGUGAGUAGUUCUGACACAUCUGAGGGCAUUUCAACUGGUAUUUCCAGUUCAAGCUCUGCUACGACAGCAGCUGCACCAUUACCGGUAUCAACAGGAGAAUCAACGACUGCUUCUCCGAAGCCAAAAGAGAGAACCUCAGAACAACCGUCUUUUACCUCCUCAGAAAAUCCAACUGCUUCGUCUCAGUAUAGUGAUACCGAAUCAUCAAGUUACACGGAUUUAACAACAUCAUCAAUUAGCCCAAGUACUUCAAAUACAGAAACUUCAACAAUAACGUCGGUGCCCUCUGCUGACCCUGUGAUUACCAGUCUUACUGAUAGUGAUUCAGAAUUCACUUCUUCCCCAUACCCAAGCACUGCAGAUUCUGGUACAUUAACCACCAGUACAGAAUCAUCAACCUCAGCAUAUAGUGGUUUAGCUCCUUACGUCAAUCCUGAUCCAACCACAACAUCCUCUCCAUAUCCUAGCUCUCUAAGUACAGACACGAUGAGCUCAGAGCCCUUUACCGACCCCGUAACUACCAUGCUUACUGAUAGUGAUUCAGAAUUCACUUCUUCCCCAUACCCAAGUACUGCAGACUCUGGUACAUCAACAACCGGCACAGAGUCAUUGACCACUGAUACAGAGUCAUCAACAACCGCAUAUACGGGUUUAGCUCCUUCCACUAAUUCUGAUUCAAUUACGACAUCCUCUCCGAACCCCAGCACUUCGUACUCUGAAACCUCAACUUCAAGAACAUAUUUAUCUACAAAACCCGUUACGACUUCGAUAACCGACAGCAGUUCAGAGAGUGCUUCAUCUCCAUAUCAAAGCACUUUGGAUACUGAUACUUUGAGUACGAAUUCAGAUACCUCCACUUCAGAAGUUAUCACUGGAGCCACUUCUUCCAGUGAUUCGGGUUCUACACCCUCUUCAUCGGUGCAUACUAGUCAGACUACUUACAAUAAUCCAGAGGCAACUUUGACGUCCUCUCCAAGCCCAACCACUGUGAAUGGCGAAACGUCAACUACCUCCACCGAUUACUCUAGUAAUCCUAUAACCACUAUCUCAACUGAGAGCAAUCCAGCUUUUCUUUCAUUUACAUCGUCCACCUCCGAGGCCUUUGGUACAACUAGACCAGGACAAUCAACCACAUCUUCAAUAACUUACCGUACAGAUUUAGACACCACCAGCUCAGAAGGUUCAAUUGAAUCGAUAACUGAAAUUUCCACUAUGUCUAGUUACUUGAACUCGCAAGAAACAAGCUAUCUUUCUUUAAGCAGUCCUGAAUUGACCAGCUCAAUUACUCCGGAGACAUUUCAGACGGACUCUUCAACUGUUCCUAAUACGUUAACAACUGCCAGCAGCUCCGGACCUCAAUACACCACCUUCUCCGAUUCGCUUUUUUUCGAAACAUCCAUAUCUUCAAGUGGAGACCUCUCCCCUACUACCAUCUUUAAUUCUGGAGAACACUCGGCUUCCAAUACGAAUGAAAUGACUCUGACUUUGACAAGUUCCUUUUCUCCCGUUUCAAUCCUGGAAACUUCACAAGGUACUUUAACCGAUCUAGCCUCUGGUAGUCAAUCUCUUUUUCCAACUGCAACUUCACAAAUAUCGAGUCUCUUUACCUCGUCCGCAACAUCGGUAGCAACUACCACUGAACGAUCACUAUUUCAGAUUUCGGGUACUUCGCUUUCUAGCGGUGUCGUCGUGACCGAUUCCGCGACUACUAGUGUUUCUUCGAGUGAGACCAAUCGUGUGAGUGGGAUCACGGUGAGCUCACAAAGUUCACCGAACUCGUUGAUGUCUUCAGGUGCGUCAGAGAGUAUGAGUACUGCUGUAAUAUCGAAUGCCUUUUCAACAUCUUCUUUUAUGGUCUUAGAGUCAGGGUCGGGGACCAUAAGUAGGCCGACCGAAAGUUUUAGCACGACCACCACUCCGACACAACAGAUUUCUAUCGAGACUCAAAUUUCUUCGAUCACCAUGUCUUCAGGAAAUGCACCAUCUUUUACCGUCAGCAACUUUCAGAGCACCGGCAACACCCUUCUCUCAAGUUCACCGGAAUUGGAACAGAGUGGGUCAGAGACGAAUCCACAAUCUACAGUGCCCAUUACCCAGAAUCCAUCUUUAACAUCAGCACCAACAUAUUCUCUUACCAGUGCACCAGAAGCCACUUCAACAUCAGAUUGGCUACCUUCUAACAUUAUUACAGAAUCAGAAACAAUGAACUCCGCAUCUCCCUCGAGUUUCAAUCCAGAUGCAAUAUCAACGCUCCCCCAAGUAAUAAGUCCGCCUACUCCUUUGUCACAACCUGAAGGGUAUUCGAUAAUCACGAUAGGUUUCAAGCAAGCAUUGAAUUAUCCAUUUCUUAUUGAAAAUCCUUUAGCCUCAGCUCAGAUCUUCAGCUUUUUGCCUCGGCUACUGACGUAUCCUUUCUCCACUGCUCCAGGAACUGUUGCUGUACACAAAAGAAACGAGUACAACCCAACAAAUGCCUUUUCGAUUGUUCCGCAAGAGGAGACGAUGAGCCCAGCUCCUUUAACUGCUAAAAUUGCGAAACAAAAGAGAUUAUUGCUGUAUUCAGGUGAUAAGAACUCAUCAUUAGAGAUUGAAAGAAAAGGGCAAAACAAUUCUGCGAUUGACUUUUCCUAUACUGCUGUUGCUGAAAUUGUUCCUCUCGUAGUUUCGGGUAAAGACUAUAUUGUUUCGGUAGCAGUUGUUUAUUAUCCAACUGAAGUAGUCGAUUACUUACAGCAGAUGAUUUUAGUCAACACAUCGAUGGUAUACACUAACCCAGAACCUUCACUAGACGCGCUGGCCAAUUUGAUAGAUCCAGAAAUUCCUAUAACGGGUAUAAUAUCCUCCUUAGAUGGAGGAGGAAGUUCUGGUGGUACAGGAUCAAGUGAUGGCGGAGGGUCCAAUCCGUCAAGUUCGACAGGUGGUUCAUCAGGGGACGAAAACCAAAAUUCUACUGAUGAUAAUUCAGGUUCAUUAGACGAUAGUACCACCGAGCCGAUGACAUUUGUAAUAACCAAAAGAAUGCUGAUAUUUCUACCUAUAUUUUCCUUCUUUAUCAUGGCCUGGAUUGCUAUUGGAUUACUCUUACUGAAUCGUCUAUACAGAAGAGAUCGUGUCAAAAGGCACAUUAAUUUGCAUGAAAAGAAGUGGUCUGACGAUGAUUACUACGCAUACUAUGUUCGUAAAUUCUCUGAAUCUUCCGAGUUUUCUUCACAUGACCCGGAGAAACAACUGGGAGGUCCAUUUGGUGACGAAAUAAGUUCAGACAAUAUGGAAGAUAACGACCUAAUUCAUAUAGAGGGUAGACUAUUCUACAGUCAAAGUACUGGUCUGACAUACUUUGUGGACGAUGUGGGCAAUUUCUUCUACGCCGGAAUGAAUGGUAGUUUGGAUGGAUCUACUAACAAAACAACUUCUAGCAACAACGGUGCUCUAAUUGACAACGAAUCAAUUGACGAAUACUUAUAUGAAAAUGAAAGUGGCAAACGUUCUAUACAGAGCGCCCAAAGUGUGCCAGAUUCACACGCUAUUGAGGUGGAUGAAGAUGGGAAUGUAGUGUUACCAGUCUCAGAUUUGGAGGACCAACAGGAUGAUAAUCAUAAUACCGAUACUAUAGAAAGUUACAAUAAUAACCAAUAUUAUAAAAUGACGGGUUUGUUAAGUAAUGGACAUUCUGAACUGCAUACCGAUCUUGGGACUGCAGGGGUUAUUGAUUUUAUUAAUCCAUUAGAAGGUGCAACUGGCACGUUACCCAUCUCCAGUGAUGGCUCGAAUCCUAUUAUACAGCUUCCAGCAGAGCAUGAAGACUUGGAAGACUACUAUUACCAUUUGCAACAGCAAGAUCAAGGCAACAAGCAACACAAAGUCACUAGUUCGGGAAGUGGAAGUGAAGAUGACGUCAGAGACUACGAUGUUGAUGACGACGAUUAUGGCGAUAUAGAUCAUGAUGACGACGACGAUGUUGACGAUGUUCAUGUAGGCGAGCUUGAUGAACUUGACGAAGAAAUGUAUCGUCGGUUAUCGACUAUAAGCGGUCUGCAUACUGUCUCUUCAAGCUCUAAUACGUAUCAUAGCAUCCUCGCGCAUCAAAAUUUGAAGAAGCGGCAACUUUCCGAUGGUACGAGCGUUCCUUCCUUCACACACAGUAGUAGUCUAGGAGGUACCUCAUUUUCAGACAAUUUAUACGCUGCUACCAACUCGACACCGUCAUUGCUUGCCAACACCCCGUAUACGACUCAUGUUUCUGUUCAUGCAGAUCAUUCGCCCCAUUUAGAAACGCCACCAAUAGUUCAAUCGAAACGUAAGGUUAAACCAAAAAGGCCUAAGAGGCCAUCAUCCAUUAUAAGUUUGGAAAAAUCAGAUGAUAUCUUGAGUUCAGACAUUGCUCGUGCUGCUGUAGAAUCCACCAGUAGAUAUUAUAAAUCAACCUCAAGAGUGGAUGCUACCAAGUACAAUUCUACGAUUUUCUGGGAUAAAGGAGUUGCUUCUACUGAUGGCGCAGGAGAUAUACGAUGUCGAAGUACUUCCCACUUGGACGGUGUACAAGUCUCUGGUAACUUUGAAAAAGGUGGUCACAAAAGAUCACGGAAAAAUACUAGAGUGUCCAAAAAUUCAACUAAAAGGUUUUCAAUCACAAACACCGUCAGUGCUAGCAUUAAAACAAAAGUUAAGAGCGGCCACAAGAGAUCUCUUUCCAGUAAUGACGUUGGCCCUCGCGGACACACUAAGCAAGACUUAAAAAAUAUAAGGAUAUCUGGACCGUUAUUUACGGAGAAUUCCUUGGGUUGGACUUCCAUGGAUUAA